AUGGAGGAGAAGCAAGGCUCCUUCCUUGACCCAAGUCUGCCAAACAAGGCAGUCCUCGAGCGAUUUCCCGAGUAUGCGUCAACGGCGGUCAUUGAUGAUUUGCGAGCCACAGAGUAUUCGUUUCUCGACGAGCACAACCACGUAUACCUCGACUACACCGGUGCCGGACUUGCCGCUCUCUCGCAGCACCAAGCGCACCACGAGCGGCUCAAACACGCGGCGUUUGGGAACCCGCACUCGAUCAACCCGACGAGCCGGGCGGCUACGGAUCUCGUGGACCAGGCCCGGGCGAGGAUACUACAGCACUUUUCCGCAUCUCCCGACGAGUACGCCGUCAUAUUCACACCAAACGCGACUGGGGCGGCUCGUCUUGUCGGCGAAUCCUACCCAUGGCGUCGCGGUGCCCGCCUGGUCCUGACGGCGGACAACCACAACUCGCUGAACGGUCUUCGCGAGUUUGCUCAGAAAGGACACUCACACGCCGUCUACGUCCCGAUCGCUGAUACAGACGAGCUUCGUGUCCAGGAAGAGAAUGUGGUAGCCGCGCUGUCCCGCAAUAGCGUCUGCUCACCUCUCGGCUGGCUGAGGAAGAGCAAAAGCAAGCCCGGGCGCAGCCGCGGUCUCUUCGCGUAUCCGGCACAGAGCAACUUUACAGGUGUUCGCCACCCGCUAUCCUGGAUUCAACUUGCGCAGGAUCAAGGCUACGAUGUUCUCCUGGACGCCGCAGCGUAUCUGCCCACGGCAACCCUAGAUCUGUCCGCGCUCAAGCCCGAGUUCGUCAUGGUCAGCUGGUACAAGCUCUUUGGCACGCCUACCGGCGUCGGCUGCCUCAUUGCGCGAAGAGACGCGCUCUCUCGGCUCCGCAGGCCGUGGUUCGCCGGCGGCACCGUGCAGGCUGCCACCGUGGGCUUGCCGUGGCAUCUCAUGGAGAAGGACGAGGCCGGGUUCGAGGACGGCACCGUCAGCUUCCUGUCCAUCCCUGACGUUACCGUCGGCCUGGACUGGAUCUCCAAGAUUGGCCUGGACACGGUGGCGACGAGGGUGCGCUGCUUGACGGGGUGGAUGCUCGAGCGGCUGCUGGCGCUGGAGCACAGCAACGGCGGCAGCAUGGUUGUCUGCUACGGGCCGGCUGAUGUCGAACACCGCGGCGGGACCGUGUGCUUCAACAUUCUCGAUAAAAAUGGUGCCGUGUUCGACGAACGCCUUGUGGCAGCCGAGUCGGCCGACGCCAAUAUUUCGUUGCGCACAGGCUGCUUCUGCAACCCGGGCGCCGGCGAGGCGGCGCUGGGCAUCAAAGGCCGCGUGCUGGCCCGGCUAGCCCGCGCGCGCGCCAAGUCGUACCAAGACUUUGUGAAUGCCUUGGACGUUCCCGCUGUUGGGGCCAUUCGCGUAUCGCUUGGCAUCGCCUCCGUGGCGGCGGACGUGGACUUUAUGGUGGCGUUUGUGGAGGAGACGUAUCGGGAUAGGGCUGCGACGACAAAGAACUUGGGACCGCGGACGGGAUGCUAA